AUGUUACAACAACAACAACAACAACAAUAUUAUAACGGAUCAAAUGUUGGUCAAAUGGUACAUACACGAAAGAAAACAGUAAAUGAUCUUAUACCCGGUUUUGUCCCUGGUUUAUUAGGUGUUUUUCAAUUAUUUCUUUGGAUUGCUAUACUUGCUCUUGAAGGAGUAAGUAUAUAUUAUGAUCCUGGUCGUGGUACAGUUUAUGCUGGUAUAUGGUGUUCAUCUGUGUUUUUUGUCACUUGGAUAGCUAUGUUUUGUUAUUUAUGUUGUGGUCGAUCAGCCGGAUGUGGAAUUUAUCUAGUUAUUCAAAACUCAAUUAGUUUGGUAUUUGCUAUUAUACUUGUGAUAUUUACAGCUCGUUUUGUGAAAAAUCCCUGCUUAUGUUACGGUGCUUUAUGUUAUAUUCCCAAUUGGCAUGAUAUUUAUGAUUUUGAUAGCAUUUAUGGUAAUUAUCUAUACCUAUGCACCUCAAGAACAUUCCAAAAACUGCCAAUAUUAAAAGGUCUUCUUGCAUGUGCAGCUUUAAUGCUUAUUAGUAAUAUUAUUUUUAUCAUCGUAUACAUAAUUUUUUCGAUUAAAUUACGCAUGGAUAAAAGCUCCAAUACUGAACAACUUAAUGUUGGAUAUCAACAAGAAUCUGCAGCUGUACAUAUCGGAGGACAACCAUCAUAUCAUCCAUCUAAUAUGGCUUAUCCUCCUCAGCAAUAUCCACAAACAUCGCCAAACGGGCCUAUGGGACUAAUGUUUCAUGGCAGACGGUCAGAAAAAUUUUAA